CGCGCUAGUUCCCAGCCUCGGCACAUGGCUUACAGCCCGGUGGAUGACGGCGUCUCCCAACCGCCAAACACCAGACGAGGGGUGCUUUUUUUUUCUUUCCAAACUCAAAAUUUCAAUUCUAGAUUUGAAAAAUUUACUUUUGGCAGACGCCGACACAUCGCGAUGUGCGCAUGAGCAGAUGUCGGGAUACCCGCGAGAUCGCUCAGUUCGAUAACCAAUCACUCAAUCACAGACAUCGCCGCUGGUGUACACGACUAAAUUACCCCGGGGAGUUAAGAUUCCUUGGUGAUGACAUAUGGCAUUAAACUCAAGGUCCAUAGACCGUCAUGACCAACAGAAAAUGUGAAGUUCCGUCCAGCCAGCGUUGAGAAAAUAUUUUAUCAGCAGGUCAAAUUGUUUGCAAGAACCUGGGCACAAGUUGCUUGAAAAGAAAAAAACCAAAACAUCGGCACAAGUCGCUUGAAUUACAGCGAAAACAUCGGCACAAGUCGCUUGAAUUAAAGCGAGAACAUCGGCACAAGUCGCUUGAAUUACAGCGAGAACAUCGGCACAAGUCGCUUGAAUUACAGCGAGAACAUCGGCACAAGUCGCUUGAAUUACAGCGAGAACAUCGGCACAAGUCGCUUGAAUUUUUCAUUACGGGUUGUUGUUGCCGGUGCUCAAGUAGUGGCGGGUGAUAAUGGCGUUCAAAUUUAGUAUCGAUAUUGUAUUCUUGCUCUCUGUAUAUAUCUAUCCAAUACUGGCAACAACGGCUGACUCGUAUCGAUACGGCAAGGAUAGUUACAGCUACGAUUAUUUCUACGGCAACAACAACGGCGCCGGAGAAGACGAGUACGCCAGCGACUGGAGCACGAGUGAGUGGGGCAAGCUGAACAGCCGGACACUGCCGUCUAAGUGUGUGGACAUCCCCAGCAACCUGACCCUGUGCCAGGGCAUCGGCUACAAGAAGAUGCUGCUGCCCAACAUACUGGACCACGACUCCCUGUACGAGGUCACCCAGCAGGCCGGCUCCUGGGUGCCGCUCAUCAACAUCAACUGCCACCCCGACACCAAGGUCUUCCUCUGCUCCCUCUUCUCCCCCGUCUGUCUGGAGCGGCUAAUCUACCCGUGCAGGACGCUUUGUGAGAGUGUACAAGCGGCAUGUGCCGGCCGAAUGAAAACGUACGGCUUUGGUUGGCCAGAUAUGCUCAAGUGUGACAGGUUUCCAUUGGAUAACGAUAUGUGCAUCAAAUUGAUUCAUGACGUCAAGCCUGACAACAACUGCUCGGCAUGCAGGCAUCCACUGACUCACGAGGCCAUGAUAGACCAUUUCUGUCGGGCUGACAUUGUGUUGCGAGCUACGAUCAAGGAAUUCAAAGAGAACAACGGACACAUGGAGCUGGUGCUUCACAACAAGAGAAACAUUUACAAGACGGCGCCCGGCAAAAAGGAAUUCAAACAGCAGACGACAGCAAUCAUUGAGGGCGGGGCCGGGUGCACGUGCGAGACGAUCAACUCCACGCAGGAACGUUACCUGCUGAUGGGGACCUGGAAGGACGAGAAACUCGUCAUCAACUUCGGCAUCGUCUGGAACAAAAAGGACAAGGAAUUCAAGAAGGGUCUGCGGCAGAUUCGCAAAGGGAACACAUGCGAGAUCAUCUCCAAGGACCUUCUCAACAAUGGCGUCGAACCCAAGCCAACAGCGGGCGCGGCAAAGGAUGGUCAGAAAAAGAAGAAGGUAAAUAAUGGUAAUGGAAAGAAAGAUAAAGAAAAAGAUAAAAAGGGGAAGAAAGGAACGAAGAAGAAAAACAAUAACAAUGAAAAGAAAGGAAAAGCCAACAAGAAAAAUAAAAACAAAAAGAACAAAGAGAAGGGGUCAUCUAAGUCUGAGCUGGAGGAUCGCGCGCUGAGCACUUUCAUCAAGGCCGCCCGCUGACUACCCGGUCAGUCGAUCGAUGACUUCGUGUUUGAAUUCUUGGAGCCCACAUAACAUUACCUGGACAUUCGUGGCUUGUACAAUCAUGAAAGGGGAGGAGAACUCGUGGCUUUUACAAUCAUGAAAGGGGAGGUAACUUAGGAACUUCCGGUCUACGUGGCAUCUGGUCCGUGUGGAGUGACCUCCCAUGUCAACAGUCAAUGACAAGUUGGCAUUUGACAUUUGUCGUCAAUAGAAGCUAGAUGACUUGUGUAUAGCAAUAGCAUAGAACAAAUAGAAAAAUAUCGUGCAUAUAAUUAGACAAGUAUCAUGUAGAAUUAGUUAUGGUUAUGUCAAGCAAUAUGUGUGCGCGGGGCAGGACGAACUGUAAACAUUGAAAUCUGUAAAUAACUUGGCUGUCCUUGCAUACUUCAUCACUUUAAAACAACAUUAUUCAUUUAUUUAUUCCAUGUAUUUCUCUACAAUUUGACGAUGUACUAAAUAUACACUCAUAGGAGCUUUCAGUCUAGUCUAGAUGGUUUACCCACACCUUUUAGGAACCUGCAACCUAGUCUAGAUGGUUUACCCACACCUUUUAGGAACCUGCAACCUAGUCUAGAUGGUUUACCCACACCUUUUAGGAACCUGCAACCUAGUCUAGAUGGUUUACCCACACCUUUUAGGAACCUGCAACCUAGUCUAGAUGGUUUACCCACACCUUUUAGGAACCUGCAACCUAGUCUAGAUGGUUUACCCACACCUUUUAGGAACCUGCAACCUAGUCUAGAUGGUUUACCCACACCUUUUAGGAACCUGCAACCUAGUCUAGAUGGUUUACCCCACAACCCUCUCUCCUACAAACCCCUUUAAUAACCGAAGACACUUAGUACAACAUUGGAUCCAGUAACUGUACUCAACACAUUUAUUUUCAAACCUAUAUUUGCACCACGAGCUGCCAGUGAAAUUCUCACCAAUGCUACUGAAAGAGUCACAAGCAUUGUUGUAGGAAGCAAAGAACCAAGGCAAGACAAACUAAAUUAUGAGCUCAACACGAGAUGAUAAGAAACAAUCAAUAUUAGUUUACAAAAAUAAUAAGAAAGAAAUAUAUUUGAAAAAAAUAAUUAGAGAGAAAUCUAUUUGAACAAACAACCCAAGAUUGGUGAGUGCCCAAAGGCUGCCAAUCAAGCUGUUACUUAUGAAUGUAUAAUUGACCUCUCCUUAGCCGCCAACUGACCGCACACAGACACCCAGCCCACUGAACCCCCCCCCUCACUCUACUC